ACCACCCACUGAAGGGCAACAAGCCUUUGUUUCGCUGCCCGCCAGUUCUUUUUAAAACGUUUUUUCUUUUAACCCAAAAUGCCGGACAGUUGUUGUUCAGUAGGAUGCACGAACAGACGAGGAGACAAACCCGGGUUGUGCUUCUACAGAAUUCCGUCGGAGAGAGAAAACCCGGAGAGGAGGAGAUUGUGGAUUUGUGCUAUCAGACGCGCCUUCAUCCCGGAAGAGGGCACACAAUGGCAACCGUCAAAGUACACACGACUUUGCAGCGAACAUUUCAUCAAAGGUGCCAAAUCUGACGACCCGUCGUCCCCUGACUGGAUACCAUCUGUCUUCUCGCAGUCUCCAGUCACCAAGAAGAGGAAGAGGAAGAAAGAUGUGGAUAGGUCCGAACAGAGCAAGAGUGAAGAGGAGAUGAAGGAGCAGGCUGCAGUGGAUGUCCUUCUAAAACUGUCAUCAGCAUCACAUACUACGUAUGACCGAAAGUGUAACAGCAAAAUGUGCAAGGAAAAGAUCACAAGACUUCAGGAGGAGUGCAAUGACCUCAGGAAGGAAAAUCGAAGGCUGAAGGACAUUAUAAAAACAGGAACAUUUAAUGAACUGGCUUUAAAAACAGAUGACCACGAGGUCAAGGCAAUGACUUGAAUGGCCACAAUUCAUGUUUGAGGUUGCAAUUAAAUGUUCCACUUUCACUGCUUAGUUGUAUCAAUCUUCAAGGUCUAGAUUACAAAUGCUAGUGGAGCGAUAAGAAGAUCCAUUGAAGUGUUGACACAAGACUUGUGUCUGAACGAACCGAGAGCUUUAGCCGGAAACACCUAUGAUAUUUAAAUAGGUCCUCAUAAAGAUGUUGUUGGCAAACAUUGAGUACAUUUUUAUCUGUUAUUAAUAUUUUGUUGAUCCGCUUGUAUAGUAAUAUUCUGGAGUCAUUCACUUGGGCUUUGUCUUUAUAAACCUUGCACAUGUGUUCAAUUCUCAAAGUUGAGUUUCAGUUUAUACCCCAAGUACAACUAUGUAACCUGAAUACAAACUUAUACUUCUUUAAUAAGAUAUUUCAGUUUAAAGCAAGGUGUCUAUUGUCCAAAGUUGUGCAUCAAUUUUGGUUGGGACUGUGCU